AGCGCCUGUCUGCGGUAGGCGCGAGAACGCGCGGGGGCGGCGCGGGUCCCGGCAUGAAGCUGGGCCGGGCCGCACUGGGCCUGGUGCUGCUGGCGCCGUUGGCGGUGCGGGCGGUGGAGCCCAUCAGCCUGGGACUGGCCCUGGCCGGCGUCCUCACCGGCUACAUCUCCUACCCGCGCCUCUACUGCCUGUUCGCCGAGUGCUGCAGCCAGAAGCAGAGCCUCAGCCGAAACGCGCUGCAGAAGGAUCUGGACAGCAAGCUCUUCGGACAGCAUCUUGCAAAGAAAGUCAUCUUAAAUGCUGUGUCUGGCUUCAUAAGCAACCCGAAGCCCAAGAAACCUCUCACCCUCUCCCUACACGGGUGGACGGGCACCGGCAAAAAUUUUGUCAGCAAGAUCAUCGCAGAGAAUAUUUACGAGGGUGGUCUGAACAGUGACUACGUCCACCUCUUUGUGGCCACACUGCACUUCCCUCACGUCUCCAACAUCACCCUGUAUAAGGAUCAGUUACAGUCGUGGAUUCGCGGCAACGUGAGCGCCUGUGCGAGGUCCAUCUUCAUAUUUGAUGAGAUGGACAAAAUGCAUGCCGGCCUCAUAGAUGCCAUCAAGCCUUACCUAGACUAUUAUGACAACUUGGAUGGGGUCUCCUAUCAGAAAGCCAUCUUCAUAUUUCUCAGCAAUGCUGGAGCAGAAAGGAUCACAGACGUGGCUUUAGAUUUCUGGAGAAGUGGAAAGCAGAGGGAAGAAAUCAAGCUCAGAGACAUGGAGCAUGCCUUGUCUGUGUCGGCCUUCAAUAAAAAGAACAGUGGCUUCUGGCAUAGCAGCUUAAUUGACCGAAAUCUCAUUGAUUAUUUUGUUCCCUUCCUCCCCCUGGAAUAUAAACACCUAAAAAUGUGCAUCCGAGUGGAAAUGCAGUCCCGAGGCUACGAAGUUGACGAGGACAUUGUAAGCAGAGUGGCCGAGGAGAUGACAUUUUUCCCCAAAGAGGAGAGAGUUUUCUCUGACAAAGGCUGCAAAACUGUGUUCACCAAGUUAGACUAUUACUACGAUGACUGAUGGUACCAGAGAUGCCGCUUCCCGCAUCCCCGCUCUGGUCCCGGAAGAGGAGUAAAAUGAAUUAUUCCGGUGUGACAGGACAGGCAUCUUCCUGGGCGUUAUUUUCACCCAGCAGGGCCUGCGGGCCGUGGGUGACGCAUCACAGAUGGAAACAGCCCCAGAGCCUGCAGGAGCACGAGGAGCCGGCCCCCAGCUCGCCUGUACCAGGCCUCAUGGUUUUUUAAAAAUCAUGUUUUAAUUUCAGGUGUUUCUGUUUCAAGGAAGGACGAAUCAGUUUUACUGAAAGUGUGAUAAUUUUAUUUAAAAUGGUUUUUAACAGUAUGAAGAGACUUUUCAGACUCUUAA